AUGGAACAACGACGUGGAACUACCUGUAGUGCAGUGAACACCUGCGACAGAAACAACAACACCGAGGAUUUUUCACUAAAUGUUUUCUCCGUCACUCCUUACCCUCCUACCAGACCGGAUAUCGAAGUGUCAGACGGGGACAAAGCUGGUGCUACGUUACUGUUCUCGGGAGUUUUUCUGGGGUUGGUUGGAAUAACGUUCACGGUAAUGGGAUGGAUAAAUUAUGACAUCAGCAAGAGUUUCGAAUGGACCCAGUUGCUCGGGCCCAUCCUUCUCUCAGUCGGCGUGACGUUUGUGCUAAUUGGCGUCUGCAAAUUCAAGAUGCUGACAUGCAAGCUUUGUAAACAUUGUGAUGACCGACCCCAAGAGGCAGAACCUCCACAGUCCGCCCAGUCUUUUGUUUUCACCGGAAUUAACCAACCCAUUACAUUCCACGGGGCAACAGUGGUCCAGUAUAUUCCACCACCUUACGCCCAUGACGGAGGCGCUGCAAAUAAUGUUUCUUCCAGAGGGAUAUUACCUGGAGUGUCAAGGACAACAUGCCCGCCCCAGUACUGUACCAUAUAUCCCCUGGAUAACCCAUCAUUCGCAGGUGAUGACCAUUGCACACCAAGCCUACAGGUGGACAGCAGUAAUAGCAGGAACCAUGAGAACGAGGAGAGACCAGAUGGGAAGGCGUCUACUGAUGAAACCCUGGACAGUUCCGCUCCCCCAGCCUACGGAGACAUCUUUCCCGUUCCACUACCGGCCGGCUCCACUUGA